AUGGAAGCAGAGAAGACACAAAGCAAAAGAGGUGGUGAAAGUAUUGAUGAUCAGAGAGACAGGAUUAGUGAGUUGCCCGACGCUUUGAUUCUCCAGAUACUGUCUCUGCUUCCGACAAAGUCUGCCAUAGCUACAAGUGUUUUGUCUAAACCAUGGCAGUUUCACUGGAAAAUGUUGCCUAAACUCAAGUUUGAUCAUUGCGAUCACAUAACUGAACGCGGGACGUUAUCAAAGAAUGUUUGCAAGGUUUUGCUUUCCCACAAAGCUCCGGUGCUAGAGAGUUUGCAUAUCGAUAUUAGGUCAGGCACCUGUUAUAAUACGGAUAUUGAAACGUGGGGUGAAAUCGCAAACUCAAGGCUUGUGCGAAACUUGGCGAUCCAUGUUGAAACCUGGAAAUCUUUUUACACCUUUCCUAAAAGCUUGUAUAACUCUGAGACACUAGAGACAUUGACACUCAAGGGUUUUGUUUUUGAAGAAGAUGUUGCUGUUCCGUCUUCUCAAGUUUGUCUCAAGUCACUUAAAACUCUGCAUAUUCAGUCUGCGUUCUUCAGAGGCGAAGAGUUUGUUAAACUUUUAUCUGGCUGCGCUAAUCUUGAGAAUUUGCUGUUGGAUUUAUGUGGAUACUUGUGCAAAGUGAAGACUUUCGCUAUUGCCGUGCCAUCUUUACAAAGACUAUCGAUUUAUGAUAGUUAUGAUAGUGGACGAGAUUGUGGAUAUGUGAUCGAUGCUCCUUCGUUGAAGUACUUGAAGAUUGAAGGGGAACAUGGUCUCAAGUUUCGUCUGACUGAGAAUGUGACGAAGCUAGAGGAAGCAUAUAUCGUUGACGUCUCUUAUCAUACAAUCAAUGAGAAUCUUCUGGAAUCUCUAACUUCGGUCAAACGUCUUUCCUUGGAAUUAGUACCCUUGAAGGAGGUUAAGUUUCCUACUGAUAGCAUCUUCUACCAACUGGUAUCUUUGGAGAUAUAUACAAGUACAAACGCAUGGUGGGAUCUUUUAACUUUCAUGCUCGAUAGUUCUCCUAUAUUGCAAGUCCUCAAGCUCAUUAAUACUCAGAAGCGAGGUGGUUGGAGACAAGGUUUCGUGGCUGGUAGGAAAUGGAAGCAACCAGAGAAUGUUCCUGAAUGUCUGUUGUUUCAUCUCGAGACGUUCAUGUGGACUGGCUCCGACGAAGGUCUAGUAGAGGAGGAGAAAGAAGUUGCGAAAUACAUUCUUAAGAACACAAAUCUUUUGGAGAGAGCAAGCUUCUCCUCGAUACGCAUGAGUUCUGAAGAUAGGCUUGAGCUUGAGUGUGUGGUGAGGGCUUCAAAUUCAUGCCAGAUUCUUUUCGAAUGA